UUGGUUUCAGGCAUUUCCCGGGGAGCAGCUACGACAACUGCACCUGCAACAGAUGAGAAAGUUCCUUUCGUGCGCGAUGAACACUUGCUCCAUGCCCUAGAUUUGUUAAUUCUGUAUCUACGCAUGGUGCAUUCAAUCGAUUUUUAUGGUCACAUUGAGUAUCCUAAUGAGGAUGCGAUGCCCAACAGAUGUGGCAUGUUGCAUGUUAGGGGUGUUCUUCCGACUCAGUUUGGUACAGCCGAAGAUGGCGCGAAGCUCGUUUCGACGAAAUUCAAUACGGUAAGAAAAGUAUGGGUCUCUAGUAGUUGUCAAGCUCAUGCGAGACUUUUAUUGUCCAAUUAUUCGUUUAUACUAUCAAUUACCACUGCCAAAAGAGAAACUUUAUCUUAG